AGUCGAUGACAUCGUACAGCGACACGUCAACCACACGGAAGAAGGUGCCCAUCCAGCCUACCACAGAACCGCUGAUUGAAGGGCCGUAGUCUUAUCAAAAUGGGUGGUUUCUUCUCUAAUCUCUUCUCGGGCCUGUUUGGCACCAGAGAGAUGAGGAUCCUGAUCCUGGGGUUGGAUGGUGCAGGAAAAACGACUAUUCUGUACCGGCUGCAGGUUGGAGAAGUGGUCACCACCAUCCCCACGAUCGGCUUCAAUGUCGAGACAGUCACGUAUAAAAAUCUGAAGUUCCAGGUGUGGGAUCUGGGUGGACAGACGAGUAUCAGGCCGUACUGGCGAUGUUAUUACUCAAACACAGAUGCGGUCAUCUAUGUCGUUGACAGCAGCGACCGCGACAGGAUGGGCAUCUCGAAGUCUGAGUUGGUGGCCAUGUUGGAGGAGGAAGAGCUGAAGAAAGCUAUCCUGGUGGUAUUUGCAAAUAAACAGGAUAUGGACCAGGCGAUGACGCCCACUGAGGUGGCCAACUCUUUGGGCCUCCCCGCCCUCAAAGACAGGAAAUGGCAGAUCUUCAAGACCUCGGCCACAAAGGGCACAGGUCUCGAUGAGGCGAUGGAAUGGCUGGUGGAAUCCCUGAGGAGUCGGCAAUAAAGACUCCCACCCCUUCUGUAUAUACCCCUGACCUAUGACCCUUCGGUAUGAAGCCUUGUGACUGACCUUUCCCUUCAUCCCACUGGACCCCCUGAUUGCACUCCUCCCCAACCCACUUGAAGCCUUGGCCAAGCCCUCCGAAUUCCUAACGCCUUUCAAGCCUGGGACUUGUGAAGGCUGCAGUAACGUCUGGACCGGGUACACACUCCCAAUGCUGGUGGCACGAGUGAGGGUGUUGGAGAGAUGUACGGCAUCAGUGAUGGACAAGUUAGUAUCUACAUAUACAAGAUCCUCAACGCCUGUGAAAAGGCAUGUUAAAUGUUGCUAAUUUUACAAUUGAAGUGUCAGCACUGAAAUAUAUUAUGGAUUACGAGAAAUCUAUAAGUAAGGAUUCUUGGAAAGCCCCGUCCACUCUUAUCCUCUUGAAAUCGGGUGUCUUUGCUGGACAAUGCAUCAGUUGGCUUCAUCCUCUCCCAGAAGUGUUGAUUAGUUCUCAUGUAGUGCAGCCAGGAGACGAUCGUAGUCGAUGGGCACCCGUGUGAGCGAGGUGCACCGAUGAUCCACCGGGGGGGCGGUGUUUCCCAUAAAGGCCCAGACGUCAUCAGGUUCCACGGUAAGGAUUGCAGUCCUGCUCCUGACCUAAGCAACCAGAGGACACAGCAUCACUAAGAAGAAGCAUCUGCUUGAUUGCCAACUCAUUAGACACUUUUGUAUCGUAUACUGGACUAGCCAUACCUCUGUGUGAACAAUCAACCGGCUUCUGGUUUAUAUUUGAAAAUUGCAAAUUUGGCCUCCCAACUCGUGAAAAACGAACGUGCUCUCACUUCAUGUCCUCUGGCCAAGUGUUACUGCAGCCUGGGCUGUUUUUGUACUAUAUCGUCAGGCAGAUACAAUGUCAUGGAUUUCUUUGGUUUUUCUUCCUCCUGUUUAUUUGUGUUCUCUUUUUAAAAAAAUAAUUCUAAUAAUAAUUUAGUAGCUACAGCCUUUUUCCAUAUAAAUUCUUGAAUGCAUCUUUGGCAUAUUAGUCAUUUAGUUACUGAACACCCAACUGUAUGCUCAAAGUUUUAUGGUUGCAUAUUUAUAUCUGCUUGUACAGUGCAAAUGAUUCUCAGUAAAGAUUGCUAUCAGUGAUUGUA